GCUUUUGGCAUUAGAAGAUGGGACAUAUUUUAUGACCACUGGCCAUGAUGGGCACGAUAACAAAGAAGAUCAUUUGAAGUAUUGUACCGUGGAACAACGAAUGUUGGAGAGGGCACGUGACACACGACAAAGAAGUCGGAUGAUUUUUGAAGAAAUUCGCGACAUGAAUCCUGGAGUUCCAAAAGCGUAUGAUGCCAACCUCGAACGUGCAGUGGAGCGUUCAAGACGAUCAGCGCAACUUCCAGUGCCACGAACGAUAGAUGAAGCACAGGCUUCCUUAAUAGCUAGCGAGCUAUACAAUAAAACAGCAGAUGGAACUUCAAACUUCUAUCAUGGACGAGUUUCAACUCCAUCCGGCACUGCUCUCGUGUUUAUCAGUUUCGUCAUGCUACCGCUGCUUCGAACGUCAGAAGAAAUAGCAUGCGACGGAACGUUUGCCACUUUGCCGUUACUGUUUUCGCAGUUAUUCAUGUUGCACGUUUCGGCAUAUAGGGCUAUGUUUCCACUGGCUUAUGCUGUCAUGUCUGAAAAGACCAAAUCACUAUACCAAGUUUUAUAUUUUCGUAAUAAAUAUUUGUUUCAGGCAAUUUUCCGAAAAGUUUGCACAGAAGGAUUACGGCAGUCUUAUAUGCACCGGCCAAAUGUCAAGAAAAUUGUAAAAAUGCUUGUUGCAUUCGCUUUCUUACCUUCCGCACAAGCUAUGGUUCUGCAAUUUCUUCAUAUCUUCCAAUCAUCAGCGGUCUUACUGCAAGAUGAAACCCCUGAUGUCAGGGCUAAUAUGCAAAUCAUUUAUGAAUACAUUGGAAGUUAUUGGUUUCAGAUAGUCACUCCAGAAAGUCCACAUCGUUUUAGCGUCAAUGGGCAGCCCAGGCGUACGACGAAUGAGGUAGAAUCUUUCCACCGAUGGUUCAACAGGCGAUGUGAGUACUUGCAAAAAGUAGAAGCAGGUGCCGUAAAGGACUACAACCUCGCCCGAUCAGGACGGCUAAUUCGAAGAGAACAUUCCAGGAAACAAACAGAAAAGGAUGCACGUAUUAGGACUUUUUGCCAAUCUUUGGACAACCGAGAAAUAACAGUUUGCCAGUUUCUUGAAAUGUGUUCCGGAGUUUUCGAACCUCUGAAUAAUCCUGCACCAUUAGGUGGCCUAUUAGCUGAUCCCUUUGACUCGGACUAUGUACACUCUGUUUCCGAUGAGUCUUUGGAAGAAGACCAACAAGGCGCUGAUGUUGGACCUGACGUCAAUCGAAGAGCUGCUCGUGUCCGUCGACCUCGUGGUGUUCGAUUGUUAAAAAUUUCAUAAUCGGGCCACCCUAUUUGCCGAUAUCGGGAACUUAUCGCCGUCAUAUCGAUAUUCAAUCGGCUAUCGUUUGGAAGUGAAAUAUUAAUAAAAAA